GAAGAAAGAAUCGAAUCAAUUCCCGAGGAAGAAAAGUUGUCUCUUUUAUCCUUCUGGAUACUUUGGUCGGUGGUUUUAGCUGAAAAGGUCACUGCUUUGAGUUUAAUCGGCCAGCAAAAAUCCUUUUUGUUAGAUCUGUCAAUAACUUGCAUCGCUUCUACCUCAUUGCCGAUCUGGAGGAGGGAAUUGAGCCAUUGGGAUUAGCUUAUUAAGUAUGGGAAGACCCUUGUUUUACGAUAUCAUUGAGAAACCAGCAACGACCUGCAUCGUAACGAUAUGCAGUGUGAUUUGGUUUGUGAUUCAGAAGAAGAGUAUUGGGUACUCUCAAGUUGGAUUGAGUUACGAGACUGCAAUCGAAGGGCAUUACUGGAGGAUGAUUACCUCUGCUUUAUCACAUAUUAGUGUCUUGCAUCUUGUGUUUAAUAUGAGUGCUUUAUGGAGUCUUGGUGUUGUGGAACAGCUAGGUCAUGUUGGUCUUGGCACUGCUUAUUACCUUCAUUACACUCUUGUUCUUGUUGUGUUCUCUGGUGUUUUGGUUAUUGGGAUCUACCAUUUGUUGAUUGCUAGAUUCAAGAUUGAUUAUUUCCGGAGAGUUACAGCUGUUGGUUACUCUUGUGUUGUCUUUGGUUGGAUGACGAUUCUCUCUAUGAAGCAACCUUCUUCAAAGCUGGAUCUUUUUGGGCUUCUGUCUCUUCCCAUUAGCUUUGCGCCAUUCGAGUCACUCAUUUUCACUUCUAUUAUUGUUCCACAAGCUAGUUUCCUGGGACAUUUGUCGGGAAUCCUGGUUGGUUACGCCAUUUCGUGGGGUUUGAUUGGCGGGAUGAACAACUACUGGGCUCUUACUAUGCUUGGUUGGAUCGUAGUUGUCUUUGUUUUCAGUUUGAAGAAAUCUGGUGCUUAUGAUUUCAGUUUCUUGGAGAUCGAAUCGCUUAGUGAUGCUUCUUUACCCUCAGUGCGGUUUAUUGGAAAUGGCCGGACCUUGCAAGCCAGUGCAGUUCCUCUUAGCGGAGUGGAAGUUGUCUGAAUUUAGUUCAUCAUGGUCAAUAUUGUAUUUGUGAACAAGUUCUUGUCAUCGAGGUAGUAGAUGAAGACCGAGAGUUGAUAACCAAGAUUCUGCAGUUCCAACCAAAUUUAAGAGAUCCUCAAGGCUUGCUUGAACUGCAUAAGGUGGUGAUUGGGGAAGGAUUCCUCGUCUAAUCAAGCUAGUGUUAUUUA